UACGCGUAAAUUUGACUAAAACACAAUCUUCAGUUCAAUUUAAUUUUGUCUCUUGUAUCACACGGUUGCACUGUUUGUUUAAAUAUAUUUAAAUCACGUCGUGGUAAAUACAUCAGAGUAUAUCAUGAAAGGGAUUGUACCGAGAUUAGUGUUCUUCAUAGUCAUCAUUAUUGACAACUCUGAUACUGGGGAAACAGAUUCCGUAGUUGAUGAUAAGGCUAAAAUUCACUUUGAGGGACUACGAGAUAAUAUAAUAAUAUGCUCUACUGAAGCUGCAGUAGAGACACACACACUGAUAGACCCUUAUGCUUUUGAGCUUUCUAUUGAAACAACGACGGAGGAUAAUAGUGAUGAAUCCACUUCUACAACAAUGGCGGAUAUUGAUGACACAGACCCACAAGUGAGUGUUAAGUUCUGCGAGGCAACAUCUUACGGAUGCUGUCCAGAUGGUGAGACUCCAGCACACGGACCUCAGAAUAAAGGUUGUUGUUUACAAACCGCAUUCGGCUGCUGUCCCGACAAUUAUAAACCCGCUGAAGGACCGCACUUUGAAGGCUGUGGCUGUAAGUUUGCCCACUUUGGAUGUUGCCCAGAUAAGGUAACAAUUGCUCGUGGAGGAAACAACGAAGGAUGUGGAUGUCAGUACACUCAGUACGAUUGCUGUCCCGACAGACAUACUCCAGCCAGAGGGCCAUACUUUGAAGGUUGUGGUUGCCACACGUAUCAGUUCGGCUGUUGUCCUGAUGGUAUUACCGCUUCCACUGGACCAAACUUGCAAGGUUGUUUGUGCCAGCUGUCUAAAUAUGGUUGCUGUGGAGAUGACGUCACAGAGGCUAAGGGACCAAAUAAAGAGGGAUGUGAUUGCUCUAGUAGCAAAUACGGAUGCUGCCCUGAUGGUAUUACUGAGGCUAGAAACGACACAUUUCAAAAUUAUAAAGACAUACCAAACAUAAAUGAAGUUAAAUGUAACCUAUCGGUGGAGCGUGGUCCGUGUGCUGGUAAGUUUCUCCGCUGGGGCUACGAUCCUAACUUGCGCCGCUGCUCUCAGUUCAUUUGGGGAGGCUGUGGGGGUAAUACCAACAGAUUCAACUCCGAAGCCGCAUGCAUGCAGCGGUGUGACCCUCCAGGCGCCCUGCAAGCGAAAUGCAUUCUUCCACAAGAGGCAGGCAACUGCACUGAAAAGUGGCCGGUCUGGUCUUUCAGCCAGACUGAGAAUCGUUGUGUGCCUUUCUAUUACAAGGGCUGUGGAGGCAACGAUAAUCAAUUUUACAGUGAAAAAGAGUGCGCCAGCGCAUGUGCAAGACAGAGGGAAGACGUAUGCACUCUUCCUCUUCUAUAUGAAAAUUGUAAUGACUGUAACCCGCGAUGGUAUUAUGACAUGACGUCGAGAAGGUGUAAAAUGUUUUUCGGAUAUAGUAAAAAUGCAAACAAUUUCGACAAUAUAGAAACGUGCAUGAAUCAAUGUGACGAAAAAAUCGAGUUUGAAAUUGUGCGUCCCGAGAUAGAAAAGCCCGUGAUCUGUUACCUGGAACUAAAUCGUGGACCCUGCUCUGAUACCAUAAAUCGAUGGGGUUAUGAUAAUCAGAGAGAUGCCUGUGUUCAGUUCCAAUAUGGGGGAUGUGGGGGCAACAGGAAUAACUUCCCAUCAAAGGAGAUUUGCCAUCGCCAAUGCAUGUUGGAAGAUAUAUGCAAUCUACCUAUAAUCAAAACUUCGUGUAAUAGUAGUGGCACUGAGUGGUUUUAUGAUGCAGCUACUGACUCCUGCAUCCUUUUUGGUGAAAAUAUUUGUGGAAACAACGAAAAUAGUUUCAAAACAUUGCUGGAUUGCGAACAUCGGUGCAAAAUCGGACCAUUUCUGGCACUUGAUUACGAAGUCGAAUUUCCGCGUUUUAUUGCGAGUAUUUGUGAGAUAUCCUCCAGUCUAGAGGAGUGUAAGAAACCUGGCACAGUUUGGUACUUCAAUGUGACUAGUGGGACUUGUGUUUCCUUUGAAAAUGCAGACUCCGGACGUUCAUGUAGGAUCACAGCUACGUUUCCUUCUGAAGAAGGUUGUCAGAGAGAAUGUGGAUUUUACCAAGAUAUAAAUGUUUGCAGCUAUCCAAAGGACUCGGGGCCCUGUCAUGAGGCUGUACAAAAAGUAUACUAUAAUUCAGAAAAGGAUCGCUGCGAAUACUUUAUUUAUGGUGGAUGCCGCGGCAGUCCCAAUCGCUUCUCUAGUAUUGCCGAGUGUCAAUAUAUGUGUACACCACAUGCUAAUCCUUGUCAGCAAAAUCCUGAUGUAGGGGAUUGCACAGAACAAAUCACUCAAUGGUACUAUGACGAAAUUGAAGAUAAAUGUUUUAAGUUUUUUUACACUGGAUGCAAUGGAAAUAGUAACAGGUUCCAAACACAAGAAGAAUGUGAAAAAAAGUGCCUUCAUAACGAAUCACGCUCUUUUUUUAUGAAGUAUUGAACUUGCCAGCACUAGCAA